AUGGAGAGAUUUAUCAACACUCAACUUCACCCAGUCGAUGCCUGCAGCAUCUGUACUGAACCCUUCAGCACGACUCACCAACCUGUAGCGCUCCCAUGCCAGCAUAUAUUCGGUCACAACUGCAUUAAGAAAUGGCUCACCGGCGGUCGAGGCAACACAAAUGCCUGCCCAACAUGUCGCCAUAUCUUAGUCCCCAAGUCCAACCCCCGCGGUUCGUUCAACGUACAGUCAAUCUGGGAGGAACUCUGCCACCAACCCAACGAGCGCCUCCAAGUCUUCAUGCAAAAGCUCUGGCCAAGCCUCCAAACCCUCUGGAAAAUCCACCCCAACGGCUCCUUCUCCAUAACCUCCAUGCUCAACCGCGCCCUCUUCCCCGCCCUCACACACACAAUCCGCACCACGCGCCCUUCCCCCGGCCCUUCCCCCGACCCAGUGCUAGACUGCUACAACCUCAUCUCCGCAUCCUGGGACUCCCUAGGCCGACCCGACAUCGCCACCGGCCUCGCCAUCCCCUUAGUCCGCCUCGCCCGUCUCACCGCAAACGCAGGCGCCGUCCUCCCCAAAUACCUAACCACCAGCUCCCGCACAAACAGGUUGAUCUGGCGCGCAAACGCCUGUCUCCCCUUAGCCGCCGACCAUAUAUCUUGGGACUUUAUCAUGCAAGCCGCCGCACCGGCUUCCAUCCGCUACUUCGACCUGCUGCACCUCUACACCGUGCUGAUCAGCCAGGGCAUCGCGCAUUUUCCUGCCCCGCAUCCUUUCCCCACCCGCAGACACGAGGUUGUGAAUUUAGUUGUUGAGCGGUGCUGUAGUAAGAUUGGGAGUGGGGGGUGUGCGUGGAGGGGGCGGCCGAGUGCCGAGUUUAAGGAUGUGCUGGUGGGGGUUUAUGAGGAGUUGAGGAAGUGGCAGGGGGAAAUGGGGCGGAUGAGUUUGAGGGGGAGUUAUGAAGAGGAGGGGGUUGUGAGGGGGGUUUGGGCGAUUGCUGCGUGGGGUAAGGAGAGGCCGGUGAGAUCGUGA